GUGAAAAAAAAAUUUGUACGAAAAACAAAAAUGCAAGAGAGUUCGAAAUCAUUUUUAAUUAAAGAUUUAUUGCGUGACUUAGUUCACAAUGUUGAAUCAUCGACGGCAGACUUGGAACCAAAUUUAGACGAAACUGACGAAAAUAUAAAUGUUGACAUCGAAGAAAGGUCGUCAUCGGAAUCAGAUUUUACCGAUUAUCAACCUCCAGUAACAUCGAUGCAAUUGAAUAUUGGAAACAGCCGAAUGAACGACAUGUUUCCCAAGCAUAAUUUGCUAAAUGAAAAUCAAAGAUUGACGUCUGACCUUAAAUCUGGAUUUCAAACACACGUCCUUAAAGUUGGACGGAAGCCACGCCGUCGACGAACUGCGUUUACUCAUUCGCAGUUGGCAUAUUUGGAACGUAAAUUUCGAUGUCAGAAAUAUUUAUCGGUUGCCGAUCGAAGUGAUGUCGCUGAUGCACUGAAUUUAAGCGAAACUCAAGUGAAAACAUGGUAUCAAAACCGACGAACCAAAUGGAAAAGGCAGAAUCAACUAAGACUAGAGCAGUUGAGACAUCAAGCAACAAUCGAUAAAGAUAUUUUGUCGUCGACCGGUGAUCAUAAUACUGCAACUUCAAUGGCGUGCUGUCCACCUACGUCACUUUCAUCAUUUUCUGCACCAAACUCUUGCACAUUUUUGACAUCAGCCGCGGCUGCCGCAGCUAUUUUCCGAAAUGUUGGCUAUGUUCAUGGCUGCCCCUUGUAAAAUAUAUCGCAACAGCAUCGAACUCAUUCUUGAAAUAAUUUUAAUUUUGUGCAAUAGAUUUUUUGAUCGAUCAAUAAAUACUUUUUCCUCACAAACAAAAACCAUCUGAUGUUAUUCACUCCAGCAUUACACACGACAACAUUUUUAAAUCACAAUCGUACAAAUCUAAAAACAGAACGAAAAUUACCCUCACAUGAAAAAUGA